AUGUCGACGACUGAAGAUGAAAAGGUGACAACAUCUGAAGUGGCACCAGCACAGGAGGUUGAACAUCAAGAAGAGCCCAAGGAGGAGCAGGUCUGAAAAUAUUUUAUUUUUUUUUAAAUUUAGUCUAUAUUGGGAUUUUUUGUAGGCCACAACUUCUGAGGAGAAAAAGGACGAUUCAAGCGAGGAGAAUUCGCAGGUAUAGUUUUGCUCAUAGACUAACAUGAGCAAUUGCUUAAAAUGUGGCUUCUCCUUUUUCGUCUCUGACACUCUCUCACUAUCUCGCCGUAUGUUUGUAUGUGUCCACUCAAUUUCAUUCGUCGUCCGAAAAUAGAAUAACAAAGAUCAACAAUCAUCGCUGAUUAUUAUGAAUGAUGACGCGAAAAUUGUUUUGUGUGUAAAGGGGGGGGUUCCCCCGACAACACAAAUGAUUAUUAUAUGAUAGAGAGAAAGACUAGAAGAUCAUUGUGCUUUGGAAGAGGAGAGAUGAACGUGGGAAAAUGGGAGGAGAUUCGGGACGGAUGAAAAUAGCAAAAAAAGGGGGAGGCAGAAAUGUGUUGUGAUAUAUAUUUGAUUUAUGAUCUAAUCUUGACCAGCUUGUCUAGUCUCUAGUUUAAUGCGGGGAGAAACUAGCAAAUGCGCUCUAUUGAGAAAUGUGGGAUUUUUUUUUGGAAAUUGGCGAUUUCUGAAAAAUCUAGAAAAUUCUAACCUCCUCAAAGCAUUCGAAUUUUCCUAAACUUCCGGAAUUUAUCAGAUCUUGCCAAGUCAUAGAACAAUUUUUGAGUUUUCUGAACUUUUUUCGGCUGCUUGUAAGUCCUAGUAAUUCCUCAGAAAACUCGAGUUUUUGCGAUUUUCUAGCUCUAGAAACCUCCGAUUUUUGCUGAAAAUUCCCAGCCUCUAAGAAUUCCUGCAAGAUCAUGUUCUUCUAGAAGUUUGUGCCACGUCAUAACUCGUUCUCUUCCGCAGUUCUAGAAUUUCUCAAAAUCCCCGUUUUCCCAUCCUAAAAGGUUCUCAGUCCAUCCUAGCUUGAACCUUUACCCUAAGUUCUACGUUUAAUUCCAGAGUGUUCCAAGUUAGCCGAACUCAUCUCAAAAUUUUGAUCUCAUCAAAACAGCAACAUUCCCAAUGUGUUGUUUUCCUCCGGAAAAGUUCAAAGAUUUUGUUUAUCUCUCCAUCCCUCGACCCUCUUCUCUCUCUUCGCUCGUUCUCCACAAUUUUUCACCGCGAAAAAAAACAACAAAACAGAAGAAGCGAUUUAUGAUCGUCCGUCCCUCCAUCGAAAAACAAAUGCAUUCUUUUGAUCUUUUUCCGCAGAGUCCCUCAUUUUCCAAAAAGUUGCACUUUUCUCAUUUUUCUCCGAUUAUGUCUCAUCAUAAUUACAAAUUGUGUGUAACUCUCAAAGUUUUUCGCGAAGAGGUGUUUUUUUUUCAAAAAAAUACUCAUAGCACACACUCACAAACGCUCAUUCACUGUGAGUUUUUUUGUGUGUGGGGAGAGAAAAAUUGGAGAAGAAGAAAGAAGAUAGACGAGUCUUUUCGCUGUCGUUUUUAUAUAAUACGAGCGCAUACACACAAACACGAUCUCCUCAUUUCGUACACUGUCUCCUCGUCUGCAUCUCACACUCUCUCUGCUAGGGUUUUUGAAUGAAUGUGAAUGAAUUGGUGAUUCGAAGGCCUGCGACGGCGGCGGCCGCUGCUGUCGCUUUUUACGCUCGCUCGCUCGCAUCUGUCCCCUCUAUUUCUCAAAUACGCUCUGUCGUCUCUCAUUUCCCCGCACUCUCUCUCUCCACCUUGGUCUUCGUCGGCCUAUCUGUCUUAUUGUCAAUACAUAUAUUUGAGAGACACAGAAAAAUGGAAGGACGAACGAAAGAGGAACGAGCUUGGUUAUUUUUUAGAGGGGUUGUGUUGUUGCUGUGUUAUGGGAGGGAAGAGAAAUAGUGUGCGAAAUUGAGAGACGUGCUUUUUUUGUCACAUAAUGAAUGAAUAUAACAUGAAAGCAAGCAAUGCAAAGAAAAUUGAAGAGGGCGGAGUUUUUUGUGUGUGUUUUUUGCGGGAAUUUGAAAGUUGCAAUUGCUUGGGAAUUUGAAUAAGACGAUUUGGAAAACAAUUCUGGUCAGAGAAUUUUUGGACAAGCUAAAUUAUAUUGUGGGAAAAAGAUAAAACCUCAGAAGAGAAUUCUAGUAGACCUAAGGCUUCUUGGAUUUGGACGAAAUGUUUGGUUUUCUAGGCCAGAGAGUUCACAAUACUUUGUUUCUAUCUCUACAAAUAGCAGAAACUCUUCCCGAACUCAAUGGAUCCUUAACGGUUCCCUCAAGAGUUACGCUAAGUUCAUCCUCCCACCGGACAUCCCAGAGCUACUAGACUCCAUUCAGCCGGUGUAUUAUCGUGGGAAUGUGUUGUUUCGAAAAGGGAUUCCCCGAUCUCGCUCUCUCCGCACUUUCUCUCCGCACUCCUCUUCCCAAAACACACUUUUUUUUGCCAUCCGUCCAUCGUCCAUAAUCUUUGAUCUAUGUUGUUUUGUUGUUGUUUUCUUUUUUUUGUCGUCCGCCAUUUUCUUCUUCAACAUCGUUCUCCUUCUCACCCCUCCGUCUCGUCACUCUCUCUCUUCAUGGGUUUUCUUUUCGGCGACUCGAAAAUUUAUGAAAAAUGUGUGAUGACGUCAUUUUUUGUUUUUGUUCUGCUACCCGAGGAUAGACGAGAGAGUGUGUAAAAUGAAGAGAGUGGGAAACAAAAAGAACAAAUAAAUAAGAAGAACGUGGGUCUGGGAAAAUUCUAUAUUUUUUCGAUCUUUGCAGGAAUCAACCGCCUCAAAAUCAUCGGAUAAAUAUGACGAAUUGGUGGCGAGUGUGGCGGCUGGCGGAGGAACACCAAAAGAUGGAGUGCAGCCACCAAAUGCAGCCCCUUCUGGCCCUCCAACACAUCCACUACAAAACCCUUCACAGCAUCCACCACAUCCACAUCAUCAAGGACCACAACCCCCAAUGCCACAUCAUCAAUAUCCGCCACACAUGGGAUAUCCACCACAAUAUCAACAAUAUCCCCCAUAUCAGCCUGGCCGACACCAUCCGGGAUAUCCACCAGGCUAUCCACCAGCUGGUUACCCGCCUGGACCACCGGCAGGCUAUCCUGGUUAUCCACCAGGGCCUCCGGGGAUGAUGAGAGGACCACCUGGACCUGUCCCACCUCAAACGAUGGUUGGACCCACUGGGGAAUUGGUGAGAAUGCCGCCAGGACCAACACCUACAGAAUGGGCUGCACAACAACAAAGGAUAAAGGUAAGAAAUUACGCGAAAACUAGAGGUGUUCAUAAUUUGAUAGAUCUACUCGGAAUAAGCUAAUUGAUUGGAUCAACUUACAGAAUAUCUUAAAAAUUCCAAAACUAGACUGUAGUUAGAAAGAGCUUAAAAAAUACCAUGAAAAUCUGAAGAGACACUCAGAGAAGUUUUAGAAAAACUAUAUUGAAAAUUUGAGAAAUUUUGAAAAUAAUAUGGCAAAUGAUUGUUUGGCUUGGAAAAUUUAGAUUUGUGAAGCAAAAUUCAAACAUGUGAAUUCCAAAUGAAACUCUCAAAAGUAGCUCAGAACGAAGACUCCAAGAAAAAUUGAGUAAAAUCCUAGAACUCUCAAAAAUAGCUUUCAGCCCAAAUCAACAACAGAAACUUCUAGAAAAAUUCCACUGUAACAAAUUCAAAUGCAAGAAAAAAUCAGAAGUUCAAAAAUAUACCGAUUCCCUACCCUUUUCCCCAUCCCCCCAAACUAACCUCUCACAUCUAAUUUUCUCCAGGAACCUGCACCAAACGGCAAACCCGCCACACCAUCCUCAUCAAAUCAACCAGCUCCAUCGCCAGCCGCCUCAUCGAUAGCCGAAGAAUCGCUAGAUGAGAAGCCGAAAAAUGCUGCCGCACCUCCUCCGCCUCCACAACAACCGCAAGGAAUUAUGUCGCCGAUGCCAACGACACCGCAACAUCCGGCACCUGCAAGUGGUAAGCAUUUUUUUUAUUUUUUGGGAAAAGAAUAUCGAGAAGAUUUUCAAAUAUAAAAUAACGUAGACGAUUGUUAUCACCAUGACAACCUUAUUUUUGCAGUUAAUUCAACACCGCACACGGAUGGGCCAAAAGUGCCGGUGGGAAAAGUGUUGACAAAACAAGAGGUUUUGGAUAAAUUGGUGGGACCUAUCAAUAAAAUGAACCCGGCGCAUGUUAUGCCAGAAAGGCGAAACUUUUUCGAGCGACUCGUCGAGUUUUGCGAGAGAAAUGGGGAUCCGAUUCAAGUUGUUCCACAAGUCUCGAAACAAUGUAUCGAUUUACACAGGCUGUAUAUUGGUGUAAGGAAUCGAGGAGGAUUUCAGCAGGUAACUACUACUACUACAACUAAAGAAAAAUAAUAUGAAAAAUAUUUUCGAAAAAAAAAUGGAAAAAACAAGAGUUUUCCCACAACAAUCAAUUUUCAGGUAACUAAGGAGAAAAUGUGGAAGGUUUUGUGUACGGAAGCGAAUCCGGAUCUAUCCGAAUCAUCCGCUGCCGGCUAUCAACUUCGAAAACACUAUCAAAAACAUCUAUUGCUACUAGAAUGUGUGGAGACUGGAAGAAACCCGGAGGAUGAGGUUGCGUUUGCUGAUAAACUGAAGCGGCAACGCAAGCGUGAUACUGGAGGAGCGCCUGCCGCAACACCUGCGACACCGCAAGUACCCAAUAAUGCGCAAGUGCCACCGCCACAACAGUUUCCAGGUAUGUAUUUGGGGGGAGGGGGUUUGGGAGAGGGUUCGUAA